UGGUCUUAUUGUUCCUGAGAAAGACAGCAAUGAAACAGUGCCAGAAGUUGUAGCUACUUCUGGAUACGCUCUUCUACAUUUCUUCAGUGAUGCUGCCUAUAAUUUAACAGGGUUUAACAUCACAUAUAAUUUCGAUAUGUGUCCCAAUAAUUGCUCCGGCCGCGGAGAGUGCAAGCUCAAUAACAGCAGCAACACUCUUGAAUGUGAAUGUGCCAAAUACUGGAAGGGAGAAGCUUGUGAUAUUCCCUACUGCACAGAUGACUGUGGGAAGCCCGAGAGAGGGCAUUGCAACUUUAAUGAUACUAAGGCAUGUUUGUGCUCUGCAGGCUGGCAAGGUCCUGGCUGUUCAAUUCCUGUUCCUGCAAACCAGACAUUUUGGACCCGGGAAGAAUAUUCUCUUCCAAAACUUCCUAGAGCAUCUCACAAAACUGUAAUCCAUGACAAUAAAAUGUGGAUUGUUGGAGGUUAUGUCUUCAAUCAUUCUGACUCUCAGAAGGUUUUAGCGUAUGAUCUUAUUUCUGAAGAGUGGCUUCCACUGGACAACACUGUGAACUCAGUAGAGAUGAGAUAUGGUCAUUCGCUGGCAUUACAUAAGGAUGAUAUAUACAUGUAUGGUGGAAAAAUAGAUGCGACGGGGAACGUGACCAGCCAGCUGUGGGUGUUCCACAUUCCCGACCGGACCUGGGCUCAAGUGACACCAAAAGCCAAGGAGCAGUAUGCUGUUGUUGGCCACUCGGCCCACAUCGUCACCCUGCAAGACGGCAGCGCGGUCAUGCUUAUUAUCUUUGGGCAUUGUCCUCUUUAUGGGUAUAUCAGCAAUGUCCAGGAAUACAACCUGGCCACAAAUACAUGGAACGUUUUACAGACAAGCGGAGCUUUGGUGCAAGGAGGAUACGGUCACAGUAGUGUUUAUGAUCUGAAUACAAGAUCAAUCUAUAUCCAUGGAGGUUACAAAGCAUUCAGUGCCAACAAAUACAGGCUAGCAGAUGACUUGUACAAAUAUGAAGUUGAUUCCCGUAUGUGGACUAUUCUUAAAGACAGUAGAUUUUUUCGCUAUUUGCACACGGCCGUGAUAAUGAGUGGAACCAUGCUGGUGUUUGGAGGAAACACGCACAACGACACCUCCAUGAGCCACGGUGCAAAGUGCUUUUCUUCAGAUUUCAUGGCGUAUGAUAUUGCGUGCGAUCGGUGGUCUGUUCUUCCUCGCCCAAGUCUCCAUCACGAUGUGAACAGGUUUGGACAUUCUGCCGUGCUCUACAACAGCACCAUGUACGUAUUUGGAGGCUUCAACAGCCUCCUCCUCAGUGACAUACUGAAGUACACACCCGAGAGAUGUGAAGCUUUUGACAACGAAACGGCUUGCUUGCAAGCAGGUCCAGUCGUCAGAUGCGUGUGGGCUGCCAGCCCUCCUCACUGCGUCCCCUGGGAAAUGGCGACGGUAGAGCAGCAGCAAAAGGUCUUUGAAGACUGCCCUCCCAAGCCAGUUGUAGACAAUGAGAAAUGUGAUCAGAUUACAGACUGCUAUAGCUGUACAGCAAAUACAAACAACUGUCAAUGGUGCACUGACCAGUGUAUCUCAAUGCAUAACAACUGCACAGAGGAACAGGUUCCUAUUACUCUAUAUGAUAAUUGCCCUAAGGAUAACCCUGCCUACUACUGUAACAAAAAGACAAGCUGUAAAAGUUGUGCCAUGGAUCAAAACUGUCAGUGGGAACCUAGGAAUCAGGAGUGCAUCGCUUUACCAGAAAAUAUCUGUGGAACAAACUGGCAUUUGGUUGGCAACUCCUGCUUGAAAGUUACAAACGCGAAGGAGAACUACGAUCAUGCCAAACUGUCCUGCAGGUCCAGCGGUGCUUUGUUGGCUUCCCUCACGACCCAGAAAAAGGUAGAAUUUGUUCUAAAGGAGUUGCAGAAGAUGCAGUCUUCGCCCAAAACUUUGACCCCGUGGGUUGGACUGAGGAAAAUCAACGUGUCAUAUUGGUGCUGGGAAGACAUGUCUCCCUUCACGAACACCCUGCUCCAGUGGCUUCCCAAUGAACCAAGUGAUGCUGGAUUUUGUGGUUAUUUAGCUGAGCCUUUCCAGCAGGGACUGAAGGCAGCAACGUGUAUCAACGAAGUCAAUGGCAGUGUCUGCGAAAGGCCAGCUAACCACAGCGCCAAGCAGUGCCGCACGCCCUGCGCCCUGCGGACGCUGUGUGGGGAGUGUACGAGUGGCAGCUCCGAGUGCAUGUGGUGCAGCAACAUGAAACAGUGCGUGGACUCGAACGCUUACGUGGCCUCCUUCCCCUACGGGCAGUGCAUGGAGUGGUACACCAUGAGCAGCUGUCCACCUGAAAACUGUUCAGGCUACUGCACGUGUGCUCACUGUUUGGAGCAGCCUGGCUGCGGCUGGUGCACUGAUCCGAGCAACACCGGCAAGGGCAAGUGCAUCGAAGGCUCCUAUAGAGGUCCAGUCAAGAUGCCAACCCCAUCCACAGCAGGGAAACACAGCUUGGAGCCCGUCCUUAAUGUCAGCAUGUGUCCUGUGGAGAACAACUAUAACUGGUCUUUUAUUCAGUGUCCAGCCUGCCAGUGUAAUGGACACAGUAAAUGUGUAAAUGAAAGCAUCUGUGAGAAGUGUGAAAAUCUGACGACUGGAAAACACUGUGAAACUUGCAUCUCGGGCUACUAUGGUGAUCCUACUAAUGGAGGAACAUGUCAGCCUUGCAAGUGCAAUGGCCACGCGUCUGUCUGCAACACAAACACAGGGAAAUGUUUCUGCACUACCAAGGGAAUAAAAGGAGACGAGUGUCAACUGUGUGAAGUCGAAAAUAGAUAUCAGGGAAAUCCACUUAAAGGAACAUGUUACUAUACUCUUCUCAUUGACUAUCAGUUCACCUUCAGCCUUUCUCAAGAGGAUGAUCGCUAUUACACAGCAAUCAACUUUGUAGCAACACCCGAAGAGCAAAACAGAGACCUGGACAUGUUUAUCAAUGCAUCGAAAAACUUCAACCUCAACAUUACUUGGUCCACGAGUUUUGCAGCUGGCACGCAGGCUGGGGAAGAGAUUCCAGUUGUUUCAAGAACCAAUAUAAAGGAGUACAAGGACAGUUUCUCCAAUGAGAAAUUUGAUUUCCGCAACAAUCCAAACAUCACUUUCUUCGUUUAUGUCAGCAAUUUCACCUGGCCGAUAAAAAUACAG